GGUUCCGGGUUCAGAUGACGUCAUGCGCUGAAGAUGGCGGAAGGGGAAGGAGCCUGGUGGGGAGGCUGGCUGCAGCAGAGCUUCCAGUCCCUUAAAGACAGGUCAUCCGAAGCGUACGAGUUCAUCAAGCGGGAUUUAACAGAAUUCUCCAACGUGGUGCAGCAUGACACGGCCUGCUCCAUCGUCGCCACGGCCAACGCUGUCAAGAGCAAGCUGGCUGUGGAAGGUUCAUCCGAGACCACGGAGAAGGUGAAGAAGAGCCUUACGAACAUUCUGGGUGUGAUCACGGACACGCUCGCUCCUCCACCUGAUAAAACCAUCGACUGUGAUGUCAUCACGCUGGUGGCCACGCCGGCUGGAACCACCGAGGUGUACGACAGCACCAAGGCUCGUCUCUACACUCUCCAAGCCGAUCCUGCGACAUACUGCAACGAACCCGACGGUCCUCCGGAGCAGUUUGACACUUGGCUCUCGACUUUCAGUCUUGAGGAGAAGAAAGCUGAAAUCUCCGAGCUGCUGGUGAACAGCCCCUCCAUCCGGGCCCUCUACACCAAAAUGGUUCCAGCAGCUGUGGCUCACUCCGAGUUCUGGCAGCGCUACUUUUACAAAGUGUUUCAGUUGGAUCAGGAGGAGGCCAGGAGAGUGGCACUAAAGCGGCGAGCAGAGGAAACCACCCAGUCCGAGAGUCUGGGUUGGGAGGAGGAAGAGGAAGAUGAGUUCCUCGGAGCCUCGUCUCCGUCUCGCUUGGACUUCAGUCCUCCUGCCGUAACCGUUGAGACCAGCCCAUCGUGCGCCUCGUCCUCUGAGGCGACAGGUUCCCAUGGCGACGCCACGUCUGAUGUGACUCCAUCGGUCAGCAGCGACAGCAUGAGUCUCCCGACACAGCUGGAGAACAUUCCAGAGAGCUGUGCCAACGCACCAAGCGAAGACGAGAAGCAGAAGAGCACUACAGAGGACGGCGCGAAGGAGCAAGAACCAAGAAAAGAGGACGGAGUGCAAGACUUGCGAGUGUUCGAGCUCAACUCUGACAGCGGCAAGUCCACACCUUCCACCAACGGCAAAAAAGGGUCCAGUACUGAUGUGAGCGAGGACUGGGAAAAAGACUUUGACCUGGAUAUGACGGAGGAAGAGGUUCAGCUGGCUCUGUCAAAAGCUGACGCCACUGCAGAGUUUGACGAUGAGGACUGGGAGAACUGGGACUGAAGAGCCGGAGGUUGACAACAACAACAACAACAACGACGAUGAUGAUGAUGAUGUGAGAAGUUCACCGUCCCCGAACGAACCCGCGCUUUAACGUUUCGAAACUCUUCGUCCAUGCCCACACCUUCGCAUUCAGCCAAUGGGAGCAAGACGCUGGCCCUUGGGUCCACCGCCUGGGUGACGUCCAGCCAGUGAUAUUUAGUUCAGAGCUGAAUUCAUUCAUUUUCAAGGGGGAAAUUUGGCUUUAGAGCAGAAACGGGACACGUCUGGGUUUAAAGUGGACAUGUGUCUCAAAAUAAUAAACAAAAAAAAGAGAGAAAAAUGAUCAACCCAGAGAUUGAGGUCUUGGUGGUACAGUAUAUCACUCGUUCUACUUUUUCAAUAAGAGUGGGGAAACAAACAAUAGAUCUACUUUUAGGGCUUCAGAAGUAGCCAUACUCUUUUCAUGCUACUCGUUCUGUUUAUAGGAUUAGCUGUUAAUCCUGACGUGUAAUUUAUGUUUCUCAUUUUGUGUUUCUUCCUAAAGCAUAUUGUCAUUUGGCUUUAUUAUUAUUAUUAUUAUUAUUUUCCUUUGUCGAUGAAGUACUAACUUCUCUAAUCUUAUGCAAGUGAUUGAAUUAGCAUAAAGUACCGUAUGUUUGGCCUUUUUCAUAGACGACUGUUGCACUUUCGUUUCAUGAAUACAAUACGCUACAUGACUUUGUUCAGUGUUGUGUGUGGGGGGGUGUAAUUUGUCAUGUUGAAACUGUUCAUAUUUAACUAAAGACAAAACGAUGAAA